CAUUUGAUGCAUACUCGUUCAGACAAAGGCGCAUCCGCUAGGAUUCAACCUUACAAAACUGCGGAAGAACUUUACAGAGCAUGCCAGCCUUCGUAUCGUAAAGCUGGUGGUUUCAUUGAGGAGGGUUCGGAGUCUUCUUCUGUCGUCGAAGAAUUUCAACCUGACUAUGCAGAUGAGGGCGACAAACCUUCUGAAAGUGGAUCAGCUCGUUUGGAGUGCAUCGAUUGCGGAAAGUGUUUCAGCGACUCAUUCUUAUUUAACAAAUUCGGACACCGAUGUUGCGAUGCAUGCAGAGAUCGUGAUGGUGAGCACAAGUUGAUCACAUGUUCCAAUGCAAAGAAAUUAUAUCUUCUGAAAGACUGUGACUUAAACUCCCGCCAACCUCCCCUGAGGUUUCUUUUGAGGAAAAAUCCUCACAGUCCUCGCGGAGGUGAUAUGAAGCUGUAUUUGCGACUUCAGGUGAGCUUUAUCUCCUGUAUGAUGGUUUCACCUGUCAUUACAAUGCGUAGGUUGAACAACGAGCUUUCGACAUAUGGGGAGGUAUUGAAGGUCUUCAAAGAGCGCUUGAAGAACGUGAAAGAAACAGAGAAGUUCGUAAGCAGCGUCAGUUUGAAAGCAGAAUAA